AUGACAAUUUCUUACUGCAGUGAUUAUUAUUCAGGUAUACCAGAAAGGAAAUUGUACUCUCUUGGUGAAAAUUCGACAUUGUUGCAUACUGCGAUAGUUUACCAAAACGUUAAAAUGGUCGAGCUGUUAAUAAACCACGGGGCUGACAUUCAUUACAGGACUAAAUCGUUCAAGAGAACUCCAUUAAUGCUAGCGAUUGAAGAAAACUCUCAACGAAUAGUUGACCUGUUGUUGAAAAAAGGCGCUAGAAUUGAUGAUCGCAUCGAGGAUGGUAUACCACCAUUAUAUUACAUUAUUUGUAAUCCAAAUAACGUCAAUUCUCGUCUGAAUGUGGAGAUGAUUAAAAGAGAUGGCUACUCGAAGGUCUGCAUAUUAAAUUCCCUGAUUAAUGCUGGAGCUAAUAUAAAUAAAACAUCAGAAUCUGCUGGUACAAAACUGAAAUUCCUGAGGAUGGCUCUCACCUAUCAAGAAGAACAUAUAGCUCAUUAUUUAGUAGAAAGCGUUGAGUUAGAUUUCAUGCUUGUUGAUCAAGAAGUACUUGAAACAGUUAAAUUGAAUAUGACCUUGCUAUCAGAAGAACAAUUCGAGGAUCAAGAAGAUUCAUCUUUAAUCUCAAGCGGAAUGAGCAUAUUACCCCCUUCCGCCGCAGAUUAA